AGGAUGUGGCAGCCCCGCCUGCCAGACCGGGCGGAGCCGCCGCCCCCUGCGCUCGCGGCCUGUGGAGGCCAGGACUCGGCCCACCCGGCCAGGAGACCUCGAGGCGCCCCGGGGUUCCGGGGACGAGGCCUUUGGGCACCCUUGGUUCCUGGGGUCGGCGGGGAGGCUGCGUUCUGGGGACGGGGGAGCUGUGCAGUAAACCGGUGGCCCUGGUCACGCGGCGGGAGCGCUGAUGCAGCCUUGGAGGGCUGGGUCCUCCCGGCCUGCUCCUGCGCCCUGCAGAUCGGCCUGCCCAUCGCUCCCCUCUUCCAGCCUACGAUUUUUUUUCUCCAGCCUCUGUCGAAAUAAAGAAAAUUACGGAAGCAGAACCUUCCUUACAGUAACGUGCAGGAGAUUUUGGACUCUCUGCAGACUGUCCCUGGAUCUUGGGUUAAAAAUCUGUAUUCUAGACUGAACCGUGGGAAGAAAAAAUAGUCGAUCUGUGGUUUUUCUACUUGAAGGACACAAUGUUUUCCAAACUAGCACAUUUGCAGAGGUUUGCUGUACUUAGUCGCGGAGUUCAUUCUUCAGUGGUUUCUGCUACAUCUGUUGCAACUAAAAAAACAGUCCAAGGCCCUCCAACCUCUGAUGACAUUUUUGAAAGGGAAUAUAAGUAUGGUGCACACAACUACCAUCCUUUACCUGUAGCCCUGGAGAGAGGAAAAGGUAUUUACUUAUGGGAUGUAGAAGGCAGAAAAUAUUUUGACUUCCUGAGUUCUUACAGUGCUGUCAACCAAGGGCAUUGUCACCCCAAGAUUGUGAAUGCUCUGAAGAGUCAAGUGGACAAAUUGACCUUAACAUCUAGAGCUUUCUAUAACAACGUACUUGGUGAAUAUGAGGAGUAUAUUACUAAACUUUUCAACUACCACAAAGUUCUUCCUAUGAAUACAGGAGUGGAGGCUGGAGAGACUGCCUGUAAACUAGCUCGUAAGUGGGGCUAUACCGUGAAGGGCAUUCAGAAAUACAAAGCAAAGAUUGUUUUUGCAGCUGGGAACUUCUGGGGUAGGACGUUGUCUGCUAUCUCCAGUUCCACAGACCCAACCAGUUACGAUGGUUUUGGACCAUUUAUGCCGGGAUUCGACAUCAUUCCCUAUAAUGAUCUGCCUGCACUGGAGCGUGCUCUUCAGGAUCCAAAUGUGGCUGCGUUCAUGGUAGAACCAAUUCAGGGUGAAGCAGGCGUUGUUGUUCCGGAUCCAGGUUACCUAAUGGGAGUGCGAGAGCUCUGCACCAGGCACCAGGUUCUGUUUAUUGCUGAUGAAAUACAGACAGGAUUGGCCAGAACUGGUAGAUGGCUGGCUGUUGAUUAUGAAAAUGUCAGACCUGAUAUAGUCCUCCUUGGAAAGGCCCUUUCUGGGGGCUUAUACCCUGUGUCUGCAGUGCUGUGUGAUGAUGACAUCAUGCUGACCAUUAAGCCAGGGGAGCAUGGGUCCACAUACGGUGGCAAUCCACUAGGCUGCCGAGUGGCCAUCGCAGCCCUUGAGGUUUUAGAAGAAGAAAACCUUGCUGAAAAUGCAGACAAAUUGGGCAUUAUCUUGAGAAAUGAACUCAUGAAGCUACCUUCUGAUGUUGUAACUGCCGUAAGAGGAAAAGGAUUAUUAAACGCUAUUGUCAUUAAAGAAACCAAAGAUUGGGAUGCUUGGAAGGUGUGUCUACGACUUCGAGAUAAUGGACUUCUGGCCAAGCCAACCCAUGGCGACAUUAUCAGGUUUGCACCUCCGCUGGUGAUCAAGGAGGAUGAGCUUCGAGAGUCCAUUGAAAUUAUUAACAAGACCAUCUUGUCUUUCUGAGGGUAGCCAGCUGUUUUCAGUGGUCCCCGGGAGCCAGCUGGAGACAGAUGGUCCUGUAAAAGCUUUAUUCCUAAUGCGGGCACAUUCCACUCCCAUGAGUCUUCAAAAACUUUUUUUUUGAAUUUUUCUUUUCAGUUGAUACAUAAUAGAACAACGUUUAUGAACCUGCCGUUUGCUUUGUAACGUAACUAAGAUAAUGUAAUGGCAUCUAUAUUCAGUUGAAGUAUUUUGAUGUGCAUGUGUACUUCCUAAGGUGAAAUGCAUCUAUAUACAGACAGCCUCUAAAUCAAGUCCUUCAGUAUAAUUGAUAUAUGUUUUUAUAAUUUCCUCACUGGUAUAAGUGUUUCAUAUUUGAAAAAGUUAUCUCUGGGUAUUGCAUAAAAGGCUUCAUCUUAUAAAGUGAAAUCAUUGUUAUUGAAUUUUAGGAAGGAUUAAUGGUUAAGUGUAUAUAAAAUACUAAUAUUAAGUAAACUUCAUAUUGGCCAACACCAGGGUUGUAUUCUAUGGAUGUCAUUAUUUUGAAUUAAGAAUUAGUGUUUAACAUUCCUAAAUUGUUUUGAGUGCUUGAUUAUAAUUUGUAAAAAAUGUUUAUUUUCAAUAUUUCUUUAAAUUUAAAAUAAAGCUUAUAUUUCAAAUGUC